AUGGCGGAGAAGUUUGAGCGGGCGGAGAAUGGCGGAAGGGGUGAUGCGGCAUUGAGGGACGAAUCUGCCGGUGCGGGGAGGGACUUUUCGAGUGGGGGGGGAACAGCGGAGAGAGCGGGGAGAGGAGGCGGCGGGGGGUGCGGGGAGUCGGGGGAAGAGGAGGGCAUGUAUGCGGUCGUGCGGCUGAUGCGGCGGCGGUUGGGGGAGGAGAAGGAGCGGCGCGAGGCGGCGGAGCGCGAGAAGGAGGUGUGGGAGCGGCGGUGGGAGGAGGCGGAGAAGGAGGCGCGGCGGUGGCGGCGGAAAGUGCAGCGCGCGGAGGAGUUGGCGGAGGCGAUGAGCGCGGAGAGGGGAAGACUGGCGGGCGACCUCAUGCGCGCGCUGGAGCAGGCGGAGCGCGCAGUGGCGGCAGUGGCGCAGGCGGAGGAGGACCGCGCGCACCUGGAAGUCGCGGCGGGGGAGGCGGAGAAAGAGCUCCGCCUUCUCCGCGCGCAAUGCUCGCAGCUCAAAUCCGACCUGCGCCAGACGCGCGCCGUCCCCCCCGCGCCCCCGUCCUCCACCACCUCCUCCUCCUGCUCCUUCCCCUCCUCCUCCUUCUCCUCCUCCUCCUCCUCUACCUCCUCUCACUCCUGCAACGCAAGCUCCCGUUCAAUGCGCUCCUCUCAAUCCCAUCGCAAGCAGCAUCUCCCCACAUCCACCCCUCCUUUGGUCCGCUGGAGCAGCCUCGGAAGCCGCCUCCCCGCUCUCCCCUCCUCCACCCUUCCCUCCUCUUCCUCCUCCUCCUCAUCCUCGUCCUCCGCGUGCCUCCCCCAACCCCCUGUGAAAUCCUCAGCCUUCCCGGUCUCUCUUACAGAGCCGCCUCUCUCGGCUGCUGCUUUUCCAGGCAAUCAGGGCAGCAGUAAGGGGACGGAUACCCGCGAGUGUUGUUGCGUGUGUGGCGCGGAGGCUGGGCGGGAGGAUGUUCAGCUGGCUUUAAGAGGUGUGCGGCGGGAGAAGCAGGCUCUGCAGCAGCGCAUAUACGAGCUUCAGCAGAAGCUUAUCGAUCAACAGGCCGUUGUGAGCAAACAGGAGGAACGGCUAGCGAGAGCCGAGAGGGAGCGCGAGGAGUGGCGGGAGCAGGCCGGGGAGGUGGAGAGGGGCCGAGAGCGGUGCGUGCAGGUGCUGCGGGAGGAGCAGCAGGCGGUGCAGCAGCGGCUGGCUGUUGCAGAGGAGAAGCGGGUUGUAGCAGAGGCGGCGGCAAGGCAGGCAGAGGGGAGGGUAGUGAUGCUCGCAAGACAAGUGGCGGGAAUGGCAGCAGCUGCAGCGGCUGCUGGUGCUGGUGGUGCUGGUGGUGGUGGUGGUGGUGGUGGUGGGGGAAGAGGGGGCGGUAGUGGGGGGAUGGCUAGUUCUGGUGCUGGGAAGUGGGAGGCGCAGGGGGGAGGGAGGAGCGAGAGGGGCGCGAGGGAAGGGGCUGGGUUGGGCGAGGGGGAGAGGAUGGGGGGGGAUCAGGAGGGAGGGAUGGGGGGCUGGCAGCGGCAGGGACAGCAGGGGCAGCAGGGGCAGGAGAGGGUUGGUCAAGGGGACGGUCAGUUGGGGCCGCGUUCAACUACAAUGGAUGUGCACAGGAGGUGUGUGUGUGUGAGGAGAGGGAGGGUGGGGUGUGUGGGGUGGAAAGGGGAAACGGGAGUGUGCGGGGGUCGGGUCGGGAGUGUGGGGAGGGGAGGAGGAAGGGGAAUGGGAGUGUGGGGGAACGGGAGUGUGGGUGAACGGUUGUGUUGCGUGCCUCACGUGGGAUAUGCAGUGGUGUCUCUUGAGACCCUCUCUCCCGCCCCUUCCCCCGUUCCUUCCCCCGAGCGCCCCCCUGAUCGACCCAAGAGUUUGCUUACGGGUAGCCGCAGCAGCAACGGCAGGAGGGCUGGGGGGGAUGGUAGGGCGGCUGUUGCAGGGGCCGGGGCGAGGGCGGUGAGAGGGGGGGUUUGGGCAGCGGCAGGGGCUGGGGCAGGGGCAGGGGCAGGAGCGGGAGCGGGAGGGGGAGCAGGAGGGGUAGGGAGGGAUUUGAGUGCGUCUGGGGGGAUUCGGGAAGGGGAAAGGGAGGGGGCUGAUUGCUCUUCGCUGGUAGAAGCACCAUCGCUGUCACUAUCGGAAGGGGCAGGAGCAGCAGCAGCAGCAGCAGCAGCAGCAGCAGCAGCAGCAGCAGCUAGAGCAGCAGGAGGGGGAGGAGGAGUCAUGACAGGCAGUGGCAGGUUGGCUUCUGCUUGUGGCACCCCUGCUGUUGCUUCUUCUUCUUCUUCUGCUGCUGCUGCUUCUGCUACCGCUGCCGCUGCUGCUGCUGCUGCUGCGUUUGCCGCUAGUCUCACCCUGGGUGAGGAAGGAGCAGGUAGUGUAGCAGGUGCUGGUAUGGGAGUGGGCUUGCUAGGCCAGGCAGAGGUUUGGCAACGAGGGGGGUUGGGAGAGGCCGCACCAGCAGGCUCGGAUGGGCUGGGAUUAGGGUUGGAUGACAUGCUCUUGCAGCUUCGGGGAGGGGAAGCAGGUUUGGGCAGCAGGAGCAUGGGGAGGGGGGGUGUUGGAAUGGAGGGGAAUGUUCGGUAUUUCUCUCAAGGAAUGUGCAAUGGGGGAUUGUUUCAGGGGCAGGGGCAGCAGGCGGGGGGUUGGGAAGGGGAGGUGGGUGGUGAAGGGAUGGAGUUCGGGGGGCGUGGUGGGGAGAUGUGGGUCGGGGACAGGGACCCGUAUAGGAGCAUGCACGUGGGCUCACAAUUUGGGCCUUCUCUUCUGGCUGCUGCGAUGCAUCAUAGCUCGCCGGGGCAGUUUGUAAAUGCGUACGAAUAUGUUAUGCCAAACUAG